AUGAUAGUUGUCGUAAAAUUAAGAGGAUGUAUUGUUCAGGUUGAGAACUUGAACCCAAGUGGUGCUUCAGAACAAGACAUUCUUGAUAGGGCAAAAGGACUAAUGGCACAAGAUGCCAAAUUUAAAAAAGGUUUUAAAUUUGAUCAUGUAUGGCCUAUUGUUAAAGACUUGGAGAAAUUCAAAGUUCCCUCAAUCAGAGAACCAAGUAUUGCAAGUCGAAAGCGAAGUUCUGACAUUGAAGGAUCAGAGUCACAAGGAAAAAAGAAGAAGAAAACAUUUGCAGAAUAUGAUGAAUAUUUUGCAAAAGUCACAGAACAUAAUGAAAAGAUCGAACAAAUGUUCGAACAAAGUCAAACUCAACUCCAAAAGAAUUAUGAGCUUGAAAUGUUAAAAGCUCAAAAUGAAGCAACGCAAUUAGAGUUGACGGAACUCCAAGAAGAGAAUAAAAUCAUGAGUAUAGAUGCAAAUUCCAUCAUAGAUCCAAUAAGGCGUGAGUGGGUCAGAAAUACACAACUAGGAAUUCAUGCAAAGAAACUUCGUCAACCAUUUGGAGGAGUAGAAUCAAGUAGUCAGUUUAACCAAUAUUUUGAUAAUUUGGGAGGAAAUGAUGCUGACCUUGGAGAUUAUUAA